UCCUUUUGUCAUAGUCCCUCCCUGACGCCUCUUAAAUACAACUGAAGCUUUUUCCUCCCUUCUUGAUUCUUUACAUCCUCCCGAUAAUUUCGGAUAGUCUGCCAUGUACAUCUUUCGAGUUCUGCUCGCGGCGUUACUGGCAGCUGCCACGGGCACAGCGACACUCAAUACACGCCCAGUGAUUGGAAUUUUGACACAGGAGACGGUAGAUGAUGACUUGAAGCCCUUUGGAAAAGCCUACAUUCCAGCUUCCUAUGUAAAGUUUGUGGAAUCAGCUGGGUCCAGAGUUGCCCCAAUAAAAUUGAAUUUGACAUAUGUGGAAUAUAAAGAAAUUUUCAAUUCCAUUAAUGGUUUGAUGCUAAUUGGUGGUUCAGUCAACUUACAGACUUCAGAUUUUGCCAAAGCAGCAAACAUUUUCUAUAAACUUGCAUUGCAGGCCAAUGACAAAGGGGACUAUUUCCCAAUUUGGGGAACUUGCCUUGGUUUUCAACUUUUGACUGUACUUGUAGCAGGUGAAAACCUACUGACUUAUACUCCAAUGGAAAACAAAUCAGUGCCUCUCAAUUUUUCUCAAGCGGCUUACAUCAGUCGUAUGUUUAGAACCUUUACGCCGGAGUUGAUGAAGGCUUUGUCCCAGGAGCCCCUGACGGGAAACUUCCAUCACUAUGGCAUCUCAAAACAGGACUUUUUUCAAAAUAAGAAGCUGGUAAAGUUUUUUUCGGAUCUCACUACAAAUGUGGCCAUGAAUGGAGUGGAGUUUGUUUCAGUCAUGGAAGGGAAGAAAUAUCCUUUCUAUGGAGUCCAGUGGCAUCCAGAAGUCAGUGCCUUUCAAUGGAAUACGGAACUUGCCUUCCCUCACUCCCCAAAUGCUAUUUGGGUUGCUUAUCUUCUUGCAGAUUUUUUUAUAAAUGAAGCUAGAAAGAAUUUUCAUCGUUUCUCAGAUCCUAAAGCUGAAGAGGCAGCUCUCAUUUAUAACCACAUUCCAAUGUAUGUUGGCAAUUUCUCCUUCUACACUCAAAUAUAUUUCUUCUAGAAUGUUGAGUAACUUUAAGUCCUACUCCCCCAUUAUAUUGCAGAGAAUCUGGGAUUUUGUUGAUAAAGAAUAGAGGCAUCUAGCUGAAAAGGAGCACAAAUGUGUAGCAAUAGGACUAUGAAAAUCGUAUAAACAUCCAAGUCUUUUAUUCAUAAUCUUCCUUACAGAGAUGGAAGAAUAAUGAAUUUACACAUAUCUUCUGGUUGUGAAGUGGCUUACCAGGCACCUUUUACAGAGCUGUACCGGUGCAGAUAUAAUUUUAUUUUGCUCUACUUCAUUAAAAUUACUUUUAACUUUUACUAUUCACUGUAAGAGUUUUUAAAAAGAAAAUGCUCCACAUGUGUACAGAUUUCAAGUUAUUCUCAAUAAAGUUCUGCACGUAAUGUUUCAAAAGGUGUAUUAAAAGAACUUCUUUAGGUUUUAUUUAAAUAAACAGAUGCUAUAAAUAAGAAA